UGUCUGCGCCCAUGAAAACACGAAUUUUGUAAAAUUUUCUCAUCAAACUGCCAAAAAUACACGAAGAUCACUAUUUCUUAACAAUUUGAAAAGGGUGAUUACAUUGAUGAUAUAUGAAUCUACUGAACUAUCUUACUGACAAGACAGAUCUUUCAAUUGGCACAAUCUGAAAAUGUUUGCAGAAGAGUCCCAAUGGAACGUUGAACGGAGUGCUGACACACUGAAUCAGAGUUUGUUUGGUGAAGUCCCUAUUCUUACGAGCACCAAGAAGAAAACUCAGAAAAAGAUAGAUCAAGUUCUCAUUGUUUCAGUCAAAUCAAAUCUUACUCCAGAUAAAAAGAAAAAGGCCAGACUGAGAAAUAAAUAUCCUCCUACUCAGACCAAUGCCAUCAAGGAAAACCAUGAUCUAUCAGUUGAAAGUGAAAUCAAGAAAAAUAAUGACCUUGUUACUUCUACUGCUUUCAAUAAGAAAAAGAAAGCUGUAAAAGUUGAACUUUCAGGAAACUCUUUAAUACCCAAGAAAAGAAAGAAAAAUAAGGCUAAUAAUACUUCAGAACUUUCUCAAUCAACAAAAAUUUUGUCUGAAGAAAAUGUUCGCGUAACCAAAGCCGUAGAAAGUGCAGGGACACCAUUGAGUUGUGAAGAGGGGCAGUCUCCAGACAAAAAGAGAAAAAAGAACAGGAAGAGAAAGCCUAACAAUAAAUAUGCUCAUCUUGUUCAAAAGAGAGACCCUGUGGAAAGUGCUUUAGGCAAAAGUGAGAAACAGUCCAACUUGCAGCGUAAACAAGUUGACGUAGUUUCUGCUGUCUCAAGCCUAGAAAUUGCUACGAAAAUAUCACGCAAGGGUAAGAAACAUAAGUUGCAAAAUGGAGGGGAGCAUUCAGAGGGAAAAAGUGUACUGGGUGAUGUGAGCUCAGAUAUUGGUCUCACUAAAAUGAAGCACAAAAAUAAGAAAGUCGUAGUAAAUCAAAAUGGGAGUGGCAGUUCAAUGGAAAUUAGUUUAGAGGUGCCAAAGGAAGCAGUUGUAGAGUCCAGGUCUGCAAAGAAACGAAAUAAGAAGAAGAAGUUGCUGAAUGAAAUGAAAGGGUCCAGUGACAGUAGUGGGGGGUUGGUGACCGAUAAAUCUAAGCAAGGAAUGGCUGUUGGUGAAUCUGAUGGGCUUACUAAUACUAAUCUGGAGUCUGGCUCGGGGAAGAAGAAGAGAAAUAGGAAACGAAGGCAUCAAAUUGAUGAUGAAAGUGUGGACGUCGAGUCAAAGAAGCCAAAAAUAUCUUGUUCGAAUGUUGAUACUUCUCCUAAAGAAACUUUAAAGAAAUCAUUUGGUGCAAGCAGUCCUUUUGAUGUCUCUGAGUUGAGAAAGAGAUUGUCUAUUAGUGGUGACUCACCAGGUGGUAAAAUCUUGAAGAAAAUGGAUAAAGACGUUGCUAAAGGAGCACAUAAGGCUGAAGUCAAGAAGGUACCCCAGACUUUGAGGGAGAGGAUGAUGGAGAAACUGAAUUCAGCUCGAUUCCGUUCAAUAAAUGAGCAGCUUUACACGUGUUCGGGAAAAGAGGCGUACAGUCUCUUUGAAGAAGAUCCAUCGACGUUUAAAGUUUAUCAUGAAGGCUUCCAGAACCAAGUUGAGAAGUGGCCGGUCAACCCUGUGGACAAAAUGAUAGAAUACAUACAGUCAAAGUCUAACGCCAAUCUGAUUGUUGCCGAUUUUGGAUGUGGAGAUGCCAGGAUUGCGCAAUCGGUCUCCAAUAAGGUGCAUUCCUUUGACCUUGUUGCUGUCAAUGAACACAUUACGGCCUGUGAUAUGUCCAAGGUCCCACUGAGAAGUAACUGUGUUGACAUUGGGAUCUUUUGCUUGUCACUCAUGGGGACAAAUUUGGUGGAUUAUCUGCAUGAGGCUAGUCGGAUAAUGAAGAUAGGGGGCGUUUUGCUCAUUGCCGAAGUGGUCAGCAGAAUUAAACGAGUCAACAUCUUUAUUCAUCAGGUUGAAGACCUCGGGUUUAUGUUAAUGCAUCAGGACAAGUCGAACAAGAUGUUCAUUCUGUUUGAGUUCAAGAAAGCACGCAAUGCUCCUCCAAAGCAUCGGCUUGAACCAAUUGAACUGCUACCGUGCGUCUACAAGAAGAGGUGAAGCCAGUCAUUGUCAGAAUGAAAAGUGCUAACUUUGUUGAGCCAACAGCUAAUAUGUACUGCCUGCUAAUAAUCU